GCCGCAUUUGCGAACGCCGUUUAAUAAGUUCACUACUCGUACAGUAAUUUUGAAAAUCUGCGGAAGUUCUCUGGAUUUCAGUGGUGCUUGUCCUGGUUUAUCCAGCUAAGGUCUUACGACGACUUGCAUCUUUUCUCAGCUUUUUGCUGCCUUAUUCCACUUUAUUUCGUCAGAUCGUAUUUUAUAAUUGCUAAUAAUGGCCAGCAAGGAAGAAUUAGCCUGCGUUUACAGCGCUCUCAUCCUUAUGGAUGACGACGUGACGAUCUCGGGCGACAAGAUCACCACGCUUCUAAAAGCUGCCAACGUAGAGGUGGAACCCUACUGGCCAGAUCUCUUUGCCCGGUCGUUGGAAGGUGUUAGUUUGAAGGAGCUAAUAUCCAGCUUCGGAAGCGCAGCGCCGGCUGCCGCCCCCGCAGCAGCAGCCCCUGCCGCCGCUGCACCGGCUGCGAAGGCCGAAGAACCAGCAAAGGGCAAGAAAGAAGAGAAGAAGAAGGAGGAAGAAGAAGAGGACGACGAUAUCGGUUUAUCGCUGUUCGAUUAAAUUUUUUUGUUAUCUGUAUUUCAAAUUUACAAAAUGAAAGAAGACCGUGAAUAAAAAUUAAAAUCGCA